AUGCUGUCAAAGCUAUCUAUCUAUCUAUCUAUCUAUCUAUCUAUCUAUAAUCCGAUGUAUGUAUCUAUCUAUAGACCGAUAUUAAACGACAAAAGUUCAGAUUAUAUUCACUUUGUGCAAUGCUUGAAUUCUCUCUCUCUCUCUCUCUCUCUCUCUCUCUCUCUCUCUCUCUCUCUGAAUACUAUUGUUUCUUUUUUCUUCUAUUUCUCUGUCUCAUUACUUGAUUAUUUCUUUAUGUUUCUCUCUCUCUCUCUCUCUCUCUCUCUCUAUCUAUCUAUCUAUCUAUCUAUCUCUGCUCUCUCUUCUCUCUCUCCCCCUCUCUCUCUCUCUCUCUCACACACACACACACACACACACACACUUUCUGCUUUCUCUUUCUUCUCAAAAAGAUACCAAUACGAUUUUAAAUUGAAUCAACUACUUACUCGAUUCUUGAAGAUCAGACAAUGUAGUCCGUAUGACGAAGGAUCAUCUCUCUCUCUCUCUCUCUCAUGCACGCACGCUCUCUCUCUCUCUCUCUCUCUCUCUCUCUCUCUCUCUCUUUAUAUCACGACCUUUCGGUCUAGGUUUUCUUUGGCUUUCCUUGGAGACAAGACGAAUCCGGUAAUAUUCAAUUUGUUUAAUUUUUCUUUUCUUUUAACUGAAUUCAUUUAUUCUCAUUCUUUCGAUGUUUUUUCUUUGUUUCUACUUUCUCACGAACCUUACAGAUACAUUCUCUCAUUUUCCAUUGAUUCUCUUACGCUUUCAUACACUCUAGCCAUUUUCCCUUUCUCAUUAUUCAUUUUCUACUUGUGUAUUCUUCUAUCUAUCUAUCUAUCUAUCUAUCUAUCUAUCUAUCUAUCUAUCUAUCUCUUUCCAUAUCUAGCGAGCUCUAUUUAUAUAAUCUCUCUCUGUUUAUUUAUCUAUUUAUCUAUCUAUUUUCUUUUCAUAGCUAUCUAUCUGCCUGUCUGUCUUCUCUUCGCUAUCUAUCUAUCUAUCUAUCUAUCUAUCUAUCUAUCUAUCUAUCUAUCUAUCCUUGUUAUUAUGUCUUUCCCUUGGAGAUAUUAUUUGAAUCCAUCAAGCUACCCAAUCCACAUGUUAAAGUCUUUCUUUCUUUCUUUCUUACUUAAAUAUUGGUUCUUUCACAUUUCUCUCUCUCACUCUCUCUGUCUCUGUCUGUCUGUCUGUCUGUCUCUUUCUCUCUUGUUAAACAAUAUUUACUUAUGUGGUUCUUUCUUUUCUCUUUCUUUCUUACUAUUUGCAUCCAUUUCUUUCACUUUUCUUUCUCUCACUGUUUCUUUUUUUCUUAUUUUUUUCUUUCAUAUUCGUUCUUUCAUAUUUCUCGCUCUCAUUAACAUUAUUUAUUUGGUUCUUUUUCUGCCCCUCUCUCUCUCUCUCUCUCUUUCUCUCUCUCUCUCUCUCUCUCUCUCUCUCUCUCUCUCUCUCUCUCUCUUUCUCUCUCUCUCUCUUUCUCUAAGUCUUAAUUCUAUGUUUUUCUUUCUUUCUUAUAUUAAUCUUUUUCCGUCUUCUUUUCUUUCCUUUUUCCUUUUUCUCUCUCUCUCAUUCUCUCUCUCUGUCUAUCUGUCUCUCUCACACUCUCUCAGUUCUUUAGAUUGUUCUCUGUGUGAAUUUACUCACAUUUUCUCUCUUCCAAGAAGCAAACUGCAAAUUUACAGCAGCCCUUUUUUAUUCCAACCACUCAUCUCUUAUUCCGACUAUUUCACUCUUAUUCUGACCACCCUUCUAUUCUUCCAACCACCCCUCUUAUUCCAACCACCUUGCUCUUAUUUCAACCAUCCUUCUCUUAUUCCAACCACCCUUCUCUUAUUCCGACUACCGUUCUCUUAUUUUAACCACCCUUCUCUUCUUCUAACCACCCUUUUCUUCCAACCACCCCUUUUAUUCCAACCACCCCUCUCUUAUUCCGACUACCGUUCUCUUACUUUAACCACCCUUCUCUUCUUCUAA